UAAGUUGCCAUUCAUAAAGCAACCCACGAAACAACAAGCCUCUCGUCUCCUCUUCUUCACCCAUUUCUCUUUACCGACCUUCGUUUGGAGCUCUCAGCCACCUCCAUUAAUGGCGUCCUUCAGUUCUUGCAGAGCGAUUUCUUCCCUGAAAAUACCCAGCUCUGGAACCCCAUCGCCCUCUAAAACCCAGACGUUUUUGGGUUUUAAUCUCUCACAAUCACAGUCCUUCUCUGCUCCAAGAUUCAGAUCUUCAUCAUCUUCAUCAUCCCCUCCAAUUACCUCCAACAACUCAACAAUCACAUCACUCCUUUUCAACAAAUCCAAACCGGUUUCAGAUUCUCCAAAAUCCGCAAAAGUUCAAGAAAUGUUCGCGUACGAGAUAAACGAGCGAGACAGGGGAAGUCCAGCAUUCCUAAAAUUGAGCAAGAAGGCAGAGAAUUCACUGGGAGAUCUGGUCCCAUUCAGCAACAAGCUCUACUCUGGCGACCUACAAAAGCGGCUCGGCAUAACGGCCGGCAUCUGCAUCCUCAUCCAGCACUCGCCGGAAAAGAAAGGAGACCGCUACGAGGCCAUCUACAGCUUCUACUUCGGCGAUUACGGCCAUAUAACGGUGCAGGGCGCCUACUUGACUUAUCAAGACACUUACUUAGCCGUCACCGGUGGCAGUGGCAUCUUUGAAGGUGUCUCCGGCCAGGUCAAGUUGCAGCAGAUCGUUUUCCCUUUUAAGCUGUUUUACACCUUUUAUUUAAAGGGGAUUGGGGAUUUGCCGGCUGAGUUGUUGGGGAAGCCUGUUACGCCGUCUCCUACCGUCGAGCCGGCGCCUGCGGCCAAGUCUUGUGAUCCUUCUGCUGCCAUUUCUAACUUUACCGAUUGAGGGUUUAGUUUGGAGCUGCUGUUUUUAAAUAAUUGGUUUUUUUAAUCUGGUUUUUGAGAAGUGUUAGAUGUAAUAUGAAAUGAAGUUUGUGGUUUGUAAUAGUUUGGAUUUUCUUUUUCCGGAUUUACUAAAUGAAAAAAUUGAUAUGUGAAUUUCUGUUCAUCUA